UCUCUUAGGAUGGAAAUAACAAUAAGUAUUUGAUAUUUGCAGAUAAAAUGUGAGAGUAGAUGAAGGUUUUCCUCUGUAAAAUGAGAAAAACUUACAUACAAACAAGCAACUAUGGCAUACAAAGAAUAUGUACUGCUACCUCUCAUUGCUCUACUUUCUUCCUUCAUUGCUGUCACAGAAAGUAUAGCCCUUACUCCACAAAUAGAUUUGUUGAAUCGAAACAGUUUCCCAACAGGCUUCAUCUUUGGUACAGCAUCCUCAGCGUACCAGUAUGAAGGUGCAGCCAAUGAGGGUGGUAGAGGACCAAGCAUUUGGGAUACCUUCACUCACAAAUAUCCUGAAAAGAUAGAGGACAGAAGCAAUGGAGAUGUUGCAGUUGAUUCGUAUCAUCGCUACAAGGAAGAUGUUCAGAUUAUGAAGAAUAUGAAUUUGGAUGCGUACAGAAUUUCUAUAUCUUGGUCAAGAAUUCUUCCGAAUGGAACAGUGAGUGGAGGUAUAAACCAAGAAGGAAUUGACUAUUACAACAACCUUAUCAAUGAGCUACUGGCAAAUGGUUUAGAACCAUUUGUGACGCUUUUCCAUUGGGAUCUUCCUCAAUCUUUAGAAGAUGAAUACGGUGGCUUCUUAAGUCCUCGCAUUGUGAAAGAUUUCCAAGACUAUGCAGAGAUUUGCUUCAGAGAAUUUGGAGAGAGAGUAAAAAAGUGGAUAACUUUGAAUGAGCCAUUGACUUUAAGCCAGGAAGGCUAUACAUUAGGAAUAUAUGCACCGGGUCGAUGUUCUUCUUGGUUGAAUCCUAGUUGCAAUGGUGGCGAUUCUGGGAUAGAACCCUAUUUGGUCGCGCAUCACCAACUUCUUGCUCAUGCAGCAGCUGUUAAUGUCUACAAGACCAAGUACAAGAGAAUUCAAAAUGGUUUGAUAGGCAUAGCUUUGAAUUUUCUUUGGGGUGUGCCAUUCUCUGAAAACAAACUUGAUCGAGAGGCUACUGAACGAACUGUUGACUUCAUGUUCGGAUGGUUUAUGGAUCCAUUAACAAAAGGAGAUUAUCCAAAAAGCAUGCGUUUGUUGGUGAAAUCCCGAUUACCAAAAUUUACAAAGAACCAAUCCAGAUUGCUUAUUAAUUCAUUUGAUUUUAUUGGCAUAAACUACUAUUCUGCUAGAUAUGUCUCUGAUGCACCAGAAUUAAGAAAUGCCAGAAGCAGUUUUUCGACAGAUGCUCUUGCAAAUUUUUCAUAUACGCGUCAAGGAAAAGCUAUUGGUCUAAAUAUUGGUACCGAUUGGUUGUACGUUUAUCCAAAAGGAUUUCGUGACUUUUUGUUAUACACUAAAGAGAAAUACAACAAUCCUUUAAUUUAUAUUACUGAAAAUGGUAUAAAUGAUUAUGAUGAUCCAUCACUCUCACUUGAAGAAUCUCUCUUGGAUAUUUAUAGAAUUGAUUAUCAUUAUCGUCAUCUAUAUUAUCUUCAAGAAGCAAUGAAGAAUGGUGUAAAUGUAAAAGGAUAUUUCGCGUGGUCUCUCUUAGAUAAUUUUGAAUGGGAUUCAGGUUACAUCAUGCGAUUUGGAAUGAAUUUUGUUGAUUACAAGAAUGGUCUGAAAAGAUACUCAAAGCUUUCAGCCUUGUGGUUCAAGGAUUUUCUCACUAAAGAAUUCAAAUAUCAAAAUUCCUUGUAAUAGUAGUGUAGCUUGAAAUUCCUUAAAAGGGUAUAUUUGAAAAUAUGUAAUUACUAGAAUUAUUUAAUUCUUGAGUGAUUUCUUAUGUA